UGAGUGUGUUAGAGUGAGUGUGUGUGCCGGUUGCAGCUGGCAGAUGUGACAUGCAGCUGUUUCAUUCGUAUGGAAUAAACGAAAAGCUUCAAAAUCCGGAUACUAAUACGAACCAGCAAUGCCCUGUGUACAAACCCAGUAUGCAUCCCUGCCCCAUGACAGCUACUUCAGCUCUGAGUUCUUGAAUACUGACCUCAGUGCCAAACUGGUGAUGGACAUCAGUGGCCAAAAUGACCAGCUGUCUACAUCUUCAUUGCCCAGCAUCAACACCUUGGUAGGAAAUGGCUACAUGGGGGAGUUUGAUGCUUAUUCCUGCAAGAUUACCACCUCUCCUCCAGCCUCUACGGUUUCAUUCAGCCAUGCUGCGGUAGCUGAGAGCUCUCAGAUGCAAAACCAAGCCUUCAAGCUGGAUGACCUCCAGGUAUAUGGCUGUUACCCAGGCUCCUUCGCACUCAGCUGCCUUGAUGAAACACUGUCGUCAUGUGGCUCUGACUAUUAUGGCAGCCCAGUGUAUGCCGCUGCUUCUCCUCCAACACCAGGCUUUCAGGCCCAGCCUGCACCUAUGUGGGAUUCCCCUUUUAGCCCCUACACUUCAGCCCCUCCGUCAUCUGUGGCUGAUAAGGCUGCCAUGGCCCAGCAGCUCUCCUUUUUCACCUUCAGUUCCAUGCCAGAGCAGCACUCUCCCCUGGGGCAGCAUCAGGAUGCUCAGCCAGGCCAGGACGACCCUUUCUUCCUGUCUCCUCAGCAGCAUGUCUCCUCACUUCCCUGUCCCCCCAUGUCCCUGGAGCAAGGGCUUCUGGAGAGCCCGAGGAUAGUGGACGGGGUUAUGACAUCUCCUAAAACCCACAACCCAGGAUCCAGUGAGGGCCGCUGUGCGGUUUGUGGCGACAACGCAUCUUGCCAGCACUACGGAGUCCGCACCUGUGAGGGCUGCAAAGGUUUCUUCAAGCGAACUGUACAGAAAAAUGCAAAGUAUGUGUGCCUCGCCAAUAAAGACUGUCCAGUGGACAAGAGGAGGAGAAACCGAUGCCAGUUCUGCCGUUUCCAGAAAUGUCUUGCAGUGGGAAUGGUCAAAGAAGUUGUUCGAACAGACAGCCUCAAAGGGCGCCGAGGCCGUCUGCCCUCCAAACCCAAGACUGUGGUUGAGGCUUCGUCCACGACCCCCAGUGUCAACAUCAUAACAUCUCUUGUCAAGGCACAUUUAGACUCAAGCCCAACCAUUGAAAAGCUUGACUACUCCAAGUAUCAGGAGACAGUGGACAACCCGUCAGAGAAGGAGGAUGUCGGUGAUAUUCAGCAGUUCUACGACCUGCUGACCGGCUCUUUAGAUGUGAUAAAAACCUGGGCUGAAGCCAUCCCAGGAUUCACAGACUUCUGCACAGAGGACCAGGAGCUGCUCCUCGAAUCUGCUUUCGUUGAGCUCUUCAUCCUCCGACUGGCGUACAGGUCAAAUCCAGAGAAGAGCAAGCUGAUCUUCUGUAAUGGCGUGGUCCUCCACCGAAUGCAGUGUGUUCGCAGUUUUGGUGACUGGAUCGACUCCAUAAUGGAUUUCUCCCAGAGCCUUCACCGCAUGAAAUUAGACAUCUCCUUGUUUUCCUGCCUUGCAGCGCUCGUCAUUAUCACUGAUCGCCACGGCCUCAAAGAGCCCAAACGUGUCGAGGACUUCCAAAACCACCUCAUUACCUGUUUAAGGGAGCACGUGAGUGGAAACAGAUCAGAAACAAGCCGGAUCCAGCCCAGCUAUCUUUCUCGUCUUCUGGGUAAACUCCCUGAACUGAGGACUCUCUGUACACAGGGUCUACAGCGCAUCUUUUACCUAAAACUGGAGGACCUGGUUCCCCCUCCACCGAUUGUAGAGAAAAUCUUCAUGGAUACCCUCCCAUUCUGAAAAGAAAUGAACACAAAUGCGUUAUUGUACAAAUGAUUUACACAAAGGAGGUGGAGAGCACCUAACAUGAGGUUUUAUUGUUGAACUUGUCUGCCUCACCUCCUCCUUCUAUCACAUGACCUGCGUGCUGACAAAUGUCUGACUGUUCUAAAGACCAGCUGACCAUUAUUUUUGUAACAUUAAGUUUAAAAAUGGAUUAUGGUACCUGAAUGGAAUAAGACACCAUAAAGAUAAUUUCAGCUCAUUGAAACUUGUCAUCGAUGGAGCUGAAGUGGUAUUAACAGUUCAGGAUAUAGUUUAUAUAUAUUUUUGUGUGCAUUUGUAAAAUGAAAAUUGUAAAAAUGUAUUGCUGUGCUAGAUGUGUGAAUGUUGUCCUGCUAUGCAACUGAAAAGACACAGAAAGUUGGCUUGAUGCGAUGCAGUGUUACAUACUCAGCUAAAAUGAAAGAAACACACUAAUCUCUUUAAAAAGCACGUUUUAAAAAUUGCUUUUUGAUCCCACUAAGAAGCUGAGAUGGUGGAAUAUUUAGCACACAGUGACAGACGGCUUCAUGUGUUCUGUUUAUUCAAAAGAACUGUGGAGUCAUACUUUUCAAAAAGGGAAAUAUUUACUGAUUUCUUUAUAUCACAAAAUGAUAGUUUUAGUCCUAAUCCUGUGGAAGGUCUUGGACCAAAUUUUACUCUUGAUUUUGAUACUACCAGCUACAACCUUAUUGCCUUAAGCUAAACAAAAUGUUCUGCCAUAACUCUUGUGCUGCCACUUGCAACACCUUGUAAAGGUUAAUGCUGGCAGUGUUCCUGUUGACGUAACUUCUAAGAACAAAAAGAGACUUGCUCAGUGAAAAGUGAAAAGAAAUGAAAGUGCCUUUUGUGAAACCGUAAUCCUUAAACCAUACAAAGUGACACUAAGUGAAUUUUCAUUCCAAAUCACCUACAGUGAGCCCAAUUUCUUACUGACAUGAGAAAAAAAAUCAAAUUCAUGGUCACUGUGAUUUCAUGUCUGUGCCAGCUUUUGAUAUGAAGUGCCUGAGGCAUACGAGUGUCAGUACAGUUUGAUAAUGAGCAUACAAUACUUGGACGCACACUUCAUACAGCUCAACUGAAAGGGCAUUGAGUGAUGACAGGUGGUUUAGGACCUACAAUGUUCACAUGUUCCUGAGGCAGGGAAAUUCAUAACAGCAGUAGAGCUGUCCAGUCAAAUUAAGUCAAAGCACAUUUCACAGUCUCCUUGUAUCGACAAUUAGAUGCUAAAGUCUAAACCCUCUUUAUGAUUUGCAUGGAAAAUCUCAAAAUGCUUGAAAAGUCACAUGCAUAAGCAGACAUUUCAUGUUUGAUAUGCACUGAUUUCCUGCCUUGGGUUGUUACAUAUUCAAAUAUCCUUCAUGUGUUUUGAUGCUACGUGUUUGUAAAAGUGUCUGCUACUGUCUUCCACAUUCUUCUGAACUGUGCAGUUUUUUUAAUAUGUUUUUUUCUCUCUUUUUUGUAUUUUCAUGUCAAUAUGAUCUUAAGAAAUCACAGUGGGAUGUGAUGACAAGAUGAGCAGCUAAGGGCACCUCAAACAGUGUUCCAACCAUACAUGUUUUGUCUGGGACGUCAGUGUGGACGUUGAACAUAAUGCCAGGGCUUUCGUAACAUGGUACAGAAGUAUUCAGACAGAGAAUAUUUGAUAAUAAAUCUUUGG